AUGAUGGCACUGAUGGAGCGUUUUCUUGCAAAUAUUGAACCCGUGGAAGACCCCUGUCACAUCAACUCGGAUUUCCUAAUUGGACAAUUCGGGAACCCGUCGCCGACACUUUCUAUUGCCUUACUCCUAGCGCUCCUCCAGGCCAUCCCUUCCAGACGCGGAAGAUUCUCCGCUCCUCAUCACCUUGUCGGUGCCGAAGUAGAAGGCUGGCGGACUUUGGGGUCUGGAUUCAGAGAACGCCGAGGGACCUCGGUAUGCCCCUCGUUAUUGGUCGGCAGUUCAGGGUCAAGAGGUAAGUCUGCCAUCUCGAAGUUGAAGGUUCACAGACCGUAUGACAUUUGGGUUCAGGCGUUAUAA